CUGUCCUCUCUAAGGACAUCCUUACUCUGUCUUCCCUGUGAAAGUGUCUGCGGUCUCCCAGAGAUGGAGAAUCUCAGUAUUCAAGUGCCCAGCCUUCCCAGUGUUCCUGGUGAACAGAGCAUCCCUGGACAGUAGUUGAGGAAUGCUUUCAUCAGGUGAAGAAUACUUUUCUGUCAUCAUGCAUUACCUGGCUCUCUUACACGGCUUCCUGGGUCAGGCCAUUAGAACAUCGAUCCUUGCCUAUUUGGCCUCAGUGUUGCUGGCUGCCUCGCAGGGCGUUUUCCCAAGGCUGGAGAACGUGGGUGCUUUCAAGAAGGUAUCCACUGUGCCAACCCACGCCACGUGUGGAUACCCAGGCCCUAGCACCUUUUGUGGUAGCGCCGUGGCAGCUGAGCAUGCGCAGUUGUGUACCGAGAGGCUGUGUAUCCAGGACUGCCCCUACCGCUCUGCCUCUCCUCCCUAUACCGCCCUCCUAGAAGGCCUCAGGAGCUGCAUUCCUGCAGACCACGGUGAUCUCCACCCUUACUCCAGAAGCAACUCCACGAGCUUCAUAUUCGGAAGUCACAAGAACUGCCCCUCUCUACAGGCUCCGAGGCUGGCAGCAGAAUUUACCUUAGCCGUGUGGUUGAAGCCCGAGCGAGGCGGCACUAUGUGUGUGCUCGAAAAGACAGCGGAUGGGCAGAUUGUGUUCAAAGUUACAAUAUCUGAGAGAGAGACCAUGUUUUAUUAUCGCACAGUAAAUGGUUUGCAGCCUCCAAUAAAAGUAAUGACACCAGGGAGAAUUCUUAUGAAGAAAUGGAUUCAUCUCAGUGUGCAGGUGCAUGAGACGGAAGUCAGCUUCUUUGUGGACGGUUUGGAGGAGAACAGCACUGCAUUCGAUACAAGAACUCUCCGCGACUCAAUUACAGACUCGGCCCCCAGCACUGUACAAAUAGGACAGAGUUUAAACGGUUCAGAGCUGUUUGUUGGAAGAAUGCAAGAUUUCCGAUUGUACAACGUGUCACUUACAAACAGAGAGAUUCUAGAGCUCUUUUCUGGAGAUCUCCCCCACUUGCACAUCCAGUCACAUUGCCGAUGUCCAGGCAGCCAUCCCCGUGUCCACCCCUCGGUUCAGCAGUAUUGCAUUCCCAAUGGUGUGGAAGACAGGCUCCAGCAUCGAGUGUCACGGCUGAAUCCUGAAGCCCACCCUCUCUCCUUCAUCAAUGAUGAUGACGUGGCUACUUCAUGGAUCUCUCAUGUGUUUACAAACAUUACACAGCUCAAUCAAGGAGUGACUAUCUCUAUAGAUUUGGAAAAUGGACAGUAUCAGGUGUUUCAAAUCACCAUUCAGUUCUCCAGCCCACAGCCUGUGGCGAUCCGGAUCCAGAGGAAGAAGGCAGACAAGUCUCUCUGGGAGGACUGGCAGUAUUUUGCAAGAAAUUGCAGUGUUUGGGGAAUGAAAAACAAUGGAGAUUUGGAAAACCCUGAUUCUGUCAACUGUCUCCAGUUUCCUGAUUUUAUCCCGUUUUCCCAUGGUAAUGUCACCUUUGACCUCCUAACAUCUGGACAGAAGCAUCAUCCUGGGGACUAUGACUUUUACAACAGCUCAUUGCUGCAAGAAUUCAUGACAGCCACUCAGAUACGGCUGCACUUCCGAGGGCUGUACUAUCCCGCUUGGCACACUGUUGGCUCAAGGCACAGAUACUAUGCAGUGGAUGAGAUCACCAUCAUUGGGAGAUGUCAAUGCCAUGGCCAUGCCGAGACCUGUGACAGAACCAGACGGCCUUACCGGUGUCUCUGCUCACCUCACAGCUUCACUGAAGGGCCCCAGUGUGGUCGAUGCUCCCCUCUUUAUAAUGACAAGCCUUUCCGCAGUGGUAACAAUGUUCAUGCAUUCAACUGUAAGCCUUGUCAGUGCCAUGGCCACGCCAGCAGCUGCCACUAUGAUGCUUCCAUGGACCCAUUUCCCCUGGAGUACAACAGAGGUGGCGGAGGAGUCUGUGAUGACUGUCAGCACCACACAACAGGGAGAAACUGUGAGUCAUGCCAGGAUUACUUUUACCGACCCAUUGGUGCCAAUCCUGCUGACCCGGAGGUUUGCAAGCCCUGUGACUGCAACGGGGACGGAACUAGAAACGGCAGCCUCCUCUGUGACCCGGUUGGAGGCCAAUGUGAUUGUAAGAGACGUGUGUCUGGCAGACGAUGCUUUCGGUGCCAUGUUGGGUUCUAUGGCCUGCAGGCGCUGGAUCCUGAUGGCUGCCGCCCCUGUAACUGUAAUCCCUCUGGGACCGUGGAUGGAGAUAUUACCUGUCACCACAAUUCAGGCCAGUGCUCAUGCAAAGCGAACGUUAUUGGGCUCCGAUGCGAUCGCUGCAGUUUCGGAUUUAAGUUUCUCCGGAGUUUGAAUGCUGAUGGAUGUGAACCUUGCCAUUGUAACCUCCAUGGCUCGGUGAACCAACUCUGUGACCCACUCUCUGGGCAGUGCGUGUGCAAGAAGGAAGCUAAAGGACUUAGGUGUGACGCUUGCAGAGAAAACUUUUAUGGGCUGCCCUGGAGUGCUUGUGAGGUCUGUGAUUGCAACAGAGCUGGCACCCAGGCUGGGACCGUGUGUGACGCUGAGACAGGGCAGUGCGUUUGUAAGCCCAGUGUCGGAGGGAGACGAUGUAGUGAGUGUAAAGAAGGGUACUUCAACCUACGUCAGAAUGAUUCCCACCUCUGCUUGCCUUGUAACUGUGAGAAGACCGGGACAGUAAACGGCUCUCUGCUGUGUGACAAGUCAACUGGGCAGUGUCCCUGCAAAUUAGGGGUAACUGGUCUACGCUGCCAUCAGUGCGAGCCUCACAGGUUCAAUUUGACGGUGGACAACCUUCAAGGGUGUCAGGCGUGCGAGUGUGACUCCUUGGGGACAUUACCUGGAAGCACUUGUGACCCCGUCAGUGGCCAGUGCCUAUGCCUACCUCAUCGACAAGGAAGAAGGUGUGAGCGGUGUCAGCCAGGCUUUUACAGUUCUCCCGGCAAUGCCACUGGCUGUCUGCCAUGCUCAUGCCACACAGCUGGCGCUGUGAGCCACAUCUGUAAUGGUGUCACCGGGCAGUGCUCUUGCCGCGAUCCCUCCACCACUGGGCAGAGCUGUCACCAGUGUCAAGACCAUUACUUUGGAUUUGAUCCAAGGACCGGAAGAUGCCAGCCUUGUCAUUGUCAUCUAGAAGGAGCCUUGAAUGAAAUGUGUGAUGUGGUCACAGGCCAGUGUUUCUGCAAAGAGUUUGUCACUGGCUCAAAAUGUGACAUUUGUGUUCCCGGUGCAAGCCACUUGGAUGUCAACAAUCUAUUCGGCUGCAGCAAAACUCCGUCCCAGCAACCUCCACCCAGAGGACGGGUUCAAAGUUCUUCUGCCAUCAAUCUCUCCUGGAGUCCACCUGAUUUUCCCAAUGCGCACUGGCUUACAUACACUCUGUUCAGGGAUGAUUCCGAGAUCUACACAACUGAUGAUCAGCACCCUUACUAUACUCAGUACUUCUUGGACACUAGUCUGUCACCGCACACAGCAUAUUCAUAUUACAUAGAGACCUCCAACGUGCACAGUUCAACAAGGAGCAUUCCUGUGAUUUACAAGACAAAGCCAGAGGGCUCAGAAGGCCACUUGAACUUGACUCACAUCAUUCCUGUGGCCUCGGACUCCAUUACACUUAUCUGGACUGGACUCUCCAACCACUCUGGUCCUAUAGAGAAGUAUGUUUUAUCAUGCACACCUGUGGGCCACACUGAGCCCUGUGUCUCCUAUGAAGGUCCAGAGACCUCAGCUACCAUCAGGAAUCUGGUUCCAUUCACCCAGUACUGUUUCUCUGUCCAGGGCUGUACUAAUGGGAGCUGUUUAUACAGCUCACCUAUUACAGUAACCACAGCCCAAGCACCUCCCCAAAGGCAGGAGCCACCUACAGUAUGGAAAAUCAGUCCCACAGAACUCAAAGUAGAAUGGUCUCGGCCAGUGGAUUCAAAUGGUGUAAUUGUCAGGUAUGAGUUAUACAUGAAGAGAUGGCCGUCCACGGAGGAGAGUCUCGUGUUUGAGAGCCGUGGUUGGUUUGAUUCUCACCGAGCCUCACAGUCAGCCAAUCAGAGUGAGAAUGUGCUGCAGGAUCCCCAAGUCAGCACAGUCCUCUCUGGCUUGGACCCACACACAGAGUAUGCAUUUAGGGUGUUGGCUGUGAAUAUGGCUGGCAGUGUGUCAUCUGCCUGGGCUUCAGAAAGAACGGGAGAAUCAGCACCUGUGUUCAUGGCUGCUCCUUCAGUCUCUCCACUCUCACCAUACUCCCUCAGUGUCUCCUGGGAGAAGCCAGCAGAAAACUUUACAAGAGGAGAGAUUAUAGGGUACAAGAUCAGCAUGGUUUCUGAACGUUCCCCCCAAAGAGAUGUUCCAGUCAUGUGUUCAAAGCUGGUGCAUUUUGCUGAGUCCCAAGACCAGUCUUACAUCGUUCAGAGACUCAAGCCUUAUAGGACCUACAGUUUUACUGUCUCCCUCUGCUAUUCAGUGGGCUGUGUAACCAGUGCUUUGGGAGAAGGACAAACGCUAGCAGCAGCCCCUGCUCAGCUAAGGUCUCCCAUGGUGACAGGAGUUACCAGCACUACAGUCCAUAUCAGGUGGCUUCCUCCUGCAGAAGUCAAUGGCCCACCUCCCUUGUACCGUCUAGAAAGGAGGGAGUCCUUUCUCCCAGCUUCCACGGCUGCUAUGACAAAGGGAACCCGCUUCAUGGGAGACGGUUACUGCAGAUUUCCCAGAACGGCUCACCCAGAUUUUAUAGGCAUCAAGGCCAGCUUCUGGACAAGGGUGCCUGAAGGGCUGAUCCUCCUGGCACUGCACCCCGACAACGAGGAAGAGUAUUUCGCCCUUCAGUUGAAGAGUGGCCGUCCAUACUUUCUUUACAACCCCCAGGGAUCACUAGUGGAAGUUACCACAGCUGAUGAUCAUAGUCAACAAUACAGUGACGGACAGUGGCAUGAAAUUACAGCAAUCAGAUAUCAGUCUUUUGGCCAGAUCACUCUUGAUGGGCAGUACACAGGGUCCUCAGCCUCUCUGAACGGAAGCUCCAUGACAGGAGGCUACACCACACUGUUUGUGGGUGGGCUGCCACAAGGUCAUACCGUCCUCCAGAAGAGACUUGAGAUAGUCCGAAGAGGCUUCGUGGGCUGCCUCAAGGAUGUGUCCAUCCUGAAGGGUUCCAGCCCCUCUGGGACAUGGCUACCUUUGGAUUGGCAGAGCUCUGAGGAACAGGUCAAUGUACAUCACAGCUGGGAGGGGUGCCCCACCGACCUAGAAGAAGGAGUUCAGUUCCUGGGAGCAGGAUUUCUGGAGCUUCAUUCAGAUACGUUUCAUGCUGCAAAGGACUUUGAGAUUUCCCUGAAGUUUCAAACAGACCAACUAAAUGGAUUGCUUCUUUUCAUUCACAAUACAGAGGGUCUGGAUUUUCUUGCUAUGGAACUGAAGAGCGGGCUGCUGAGCUUCCAGUUAAAUUCCAGCUGUAUCUUUACACGAGUGGAUGUCAGGCUGGGACGGACCCACUGUGAUGGAAAGUGGAAUAGAGUCACUAUCAAAAGGGAAGGCUCCAUGGUGUCAGUUGGUGUGAAUGAACUUACGAAGAGCACCUCCCGGGCCGGGGACCAGCCUCCGCUGCUGAAUUCACCUGUCUAUCUGGGCGGGAUCCCACAGGAACUACAGGACUCCUACAGACAUUUGACUCUGGAGCAAGGGUUCCGUGGUUGCGUGAAGGAAGUUGCUUUUACACGGGGUGCUGUCGUUAACUUGGCAUCUGUGUCCAGCCGUGCUGUCAGAGUCAAUCAGGAUGGAUGCCUAUCAAGUGACAGUACUGUUAACUGUGGGGGAAACGACUCCAUCCUGGUUUAUCGGGGAAGCCGGCAGAGUGUUUACGAGAGCGGUCUCCAGCCCUUUACAGAAUACCUGUAUCGGGUCACAGCCUCACACAAAGGAGGUUCGGUAUCCAGCGAUUGGAGUCGGGGACAUACGUUGGGCUCAGCUCCACACAGUGUGCCAACUCCCUCAAGAGCCCAGAGCAUAAAUGGAUACAGUGUUGAGGUGGCCUGGAAUGAACCCGCUAUGGUUAAGGGUGUCCUGGAGAAGUACAUUCUGAAAGCCUACAGUGAAGACAGCACCCAGCCCCACAUGCCCUCAGCCAGCACUGAGUUUAACAACACCGACAUCCGCACAGGCAUACUGACAGGACUACAUCCCUUCCACAGCUAUGCAGUAACCCUGACUGCUUGUUCUCGGGCGGGCUGCACCGAGAGCUCACGUGCAUUGAGCAUCUCCACUCCACAAGAAGCACCCCAAGAGGUUCAGGCACCAGUCGCCGAGGCCCUUCCCAAUUCCCUGUCCUUCUUCUGGAGUCCACCCAGACAAGCAAAUGGAAUUAUUACACAGUACUCCCUAUACAUGGAUGGGAGGCUGGUCUACACCGGCAAGGGACAGAACUACACAGUCACAGAUUUAAGAGUAUUCACGGCCUAUGAGAUUACAGUUGGUGCAUGCACACGUGCAGGGUGCACCAACAGCUCUCGAGUGAUCCUGCACACAGCACAGCUGCCGCCAGAGCGAGUGGAUCCCCCAGUGUUGGCUAUCCUGGAUUCUAGGACUGUACACAUACAGUGGAAACAACCAAGGCAACUAAAUGGAAUCCUGGAGCGCUACAUAUUAUAUACAUUGAAUCCUACCCAUAACUCCACAGUGUGGGAUGUUGUCUACAACAGCACAGAGAACCUCCAGACCCACCUGCUCCACCACCUUUCCCCUGGGUGCCUGUACCUCAUCAAGCUGGGAGCGUGUUCCGGCGGCGGUUGUACAACCAGUGAGCCUAACCAAGCCCUGAUGGCCGAGACUGUUCCAGAAGGAGUGCCAGCCCCCAGAGCCCACUCCCACUCACCAGACUCCUUUAACAUCUCCUGGACAGAGCCUGGGCAUCCGAAUGGGGUGAUCACAACAUAUGAGUUAUAUCUAGAUGGUACUCUGAUUCACAAUUCUUCGGAACUGAGCUGCCAUGCCUAUGGAUUUGACCCUGGGAGCUUACACACCUUCCAAGUUCAAGCGUGCACAGCGAAGGGUUGUGCUCUUGGCCCAUUGGUAGAAAAUCGGACUCUAGAAGCUCCUCCGGAAGGCACGGUCAAUGUGUUUGUCAAACCUGAGGGAUCUCGGGAAGCCGCUGUGAGGUGGGAUGCUCCUCCUCACCCUAAUGGGCGCUUAACCUACUCAGUCCUUAUCACUGGAAAUUUCUAUGCAGAUCAAGCAGGAGACAACUACACCCUUAUCAGCGGCAGAAAAACCAUGCACAGCAGCGAAGGAAACCGGCUCUGGGUGCUGGUGGACGGACUGGUUCCCUGCUCGAAUUACACCGUACAAGUGAAUGCUUCCAAUAGCCAAGGGAGCGUGCUCAGUGACCGCGUCUCUGUUGAAAUGCCUCCCAGCGCUCCAGAUGGCCUGCUGUCUCCUAGGCUUGCAGCUGCCACUCCAACCAGUCUUCAGGUUGUCUGGUCUACACCAGCUCGCAACAACGCUCCGGGCUCUCCCAGAUACCAGCUCCAGAUGAGGCCUGACCCCUCCACCCGCGGCCUUCUAGAAUUACUCCCCGUUCCUUCUUCGUUGUUGAGCUAUGAAGUGACCGAUCUCCAGCCGUUCACAGUGUAUGAGUUUCGGUUGGUUGCCACCAAUGGCUUUGGCAGUGCAUACAGCGAUUGGACUCCACUCAUGACUACAGAAGACAAGCCUGGACCUAUGGACGCUCCUGUUCUAAAUGUGAAAGCGGGGAUGAUGUCGGUUGCCUGGCGGAAGCCUACAGAGUGCAAUGGGGCCAUCACCCAUUAUAACAUUUACCAGCAUGGCCGCCUCUACUUAACAGUCUCUGGAGGGGUCACUAACUGCACGGUGGUCCGUCUGCGGCCUCACACAGUCUAUCAGUUCCAGAUAGAAGCCUGCACCUCCAAAGGGUGCUCCAUGUCACCAGCGUCUGAGACGGUGUGGACACUCCCGGGAACUCCAGAAGGUAUCCCAGGCCCAGAGCUGUUGCCAUACACUCCAACCGCGAUCAUAGUAUCUUGGCAACCCCCGACGCACCUCGAUGGCUUGGUUGAGAACAUUACCAUCGAGAGACGGGUCAAAGAGCAAGAGGGAGUUAGGAGCCUGGUGACCCUCCCAAGAAGUCAAGCCGUGAGGUUUAUAGAUAAUGAUCCCGCCCUCCGCCCUUGGACACACUAUGAAUACCGGGUUGUGGGGAGCACUCUUAAUGGAGGCACAAACAGCAGCGCUUGGGUGGAAGCAACCACAAGACCGUGCCGGCCUUCCGGAGUGCAGCCGCCCACGGUGCAUGUGCUAGGACCGGAUGCAGUCGAGGUCACUUGGAAAGCCCCGAUAAUCCGGAACGGAGACAUAGUGAGCUAUGAAAUCCGAAUGCCGGACCCGCUCAUCGAAAUAACCAAUGUGACCUUGUUUGUGUUGAGUCAUCUGGUCAAGCACCUGAUUCCUUUCACUAACUAUUCAGUCAGCAUCGUUGCUUGCUCUGGAGGUCAUGGGUACCUAGGAGGAUGCAUGGAGAGCCUACCUACCUUUGCAACUACCCACCCGGCCCUGCCUCAGGAACUGGCCCCGCUGUCUAUCAGUCUUCUAGGCCAAUCUUACGUUGGGAUUUCUUGGCAGCCACCAUCCAAACCAAAUGGACCAAAUUUGAGAUACGAGCUUCUGAGACGUAAAAUCCAGCAGCCACUUGCUUCAAAUCCCCCAGAAGAUUUAAAUCUGUGGCACAAUAUUUAUUCAGGAACUUGGCGGUUUUACGAAGAUAAGGGUCUUAGCAGGUUCACAACGUACGAAUACAAGCUCUUGGUACACAACAGCCUGGGCUUUACACCGAGCCAAGAAGUGACAGUCACCACCUUAGCAGGCUCUCCAGAGAGAGGAGCCACUGUCACCGCAAGCAUCCUUAAUCACACGGCCAUAGACGUGAGAUGGAAGAGACCAACAUUUCAAGAUCUGCAAGGUGAUGUGGAAUAUUACACGCUGUUUUGGAGUUCUGGGACCUCGGUGGAGUCUCUGAAAAUCUUCCCAGAUGUAGACUCUCACAUCAUUGGCCACUUAGCCCCAAAUGUGGAGUACCAGGUUUUCCUCUUGGUCUUCAAUGGAGUCCAUGCGAUCAACAGUACAAUAGUGCGUGUGACCACGUGGGAGGAAGAGCCUCGGGGCAUGCGUCCCCCAGAGGUUGUCAUCAUCAACAGUACAGCUGUACGUGUCAUCUGGACAUCGCCUUCAAACCCAAAUGCCGUCAUCACCGAGUCUUCUGUCUAUGCAAAUAACGAGCUCCACAAGGCUGGAGCGGGCGCGCCGGGGUCGUUCACGCUGGAAGACCUGUCUCCCUUCACUAUCUAUGACAUUCAGGUGGAAGUCUGCACAAAAGACGCCUGUGUGAAAAGCAAUGGCACCCAAGUCAGCACAGCGGAAGAUACUCCAAGUGGCAUUUCAAUACCUAUAAUCCGUGAUAUUACUUCAAGAUCCCUCCAAAUAGAUUGGACAGCACCAGGAAAUCCAAAUGGUAUCAUUCUUGGGUAUGACGUUUUACGGAAAACAUGGCGCCCGUGCUCUGAAACCCAGAAGUUAACAGACAAACCCAGGGAUGAGCUUUGCAAAGCAGUCAAGUGCCAAUACCCUGGAAAUGUCUGUGGACGCACUUGCUACUCUCCAGGAACUAAGGUAUGUUGUGAUGGGCUUCUGUAUGACCCUCAGCCUGGAUACAGCUGCUGUGAGGAGAAAUACAUCGCACUCCUUCCUAAUUCCACUGGAGUUUGCUGUGGAGGGCGACUGCGGGAGGCACAGCCAGACCACCAGUGCUGCUCCGGCCAUUACAUUAGAAUCCUUCCAGGAGAGAUAUGCUGUCCCGAUGAGAGGCACAACCGGGUGUCUGUCGGCUUUGGUGACGCCUGCUGCGGCACAAUGCCUUACGCCACCUCCGGGAGCCAGGUGUGCUGUGCUGGGAGGCUCCAGGAUGGCUACAGACGGCAGUGCUGUGGGGGAGAGAUGGUGAGCCAAGAUUUCAAGUGCUGUGGUGGAGGAGAAGAGGGCACGGUAUACAGUUCCCUCCCAGGAAUGCUGUGUUGCGGGCAGGAUUAUGUGAAUAUGUCGGAUACCAUAUGCUGUUCAGCUUCCAGUGGAGACUCUAAAGCACACGUUAGAGGGAGUGACCCCGUGCCAGUGAGAUGCUGCCACACUGAACUUAUUCCAGAGAGCCAGCGAUGCUGUGAUGGAGUUGGAUAUAAUCCCGUGAAAUACGUUUGCUCUGAUGAGAUUUCAGCGGGAAUGGCGACGGAGGAAACCAGAGUAUGUGCCACUGUCUGCCCAGCAAGCAUGAGAGCCACAGCACACUGUGGCCAGUGCGACUUCAACGCCACCACCCAUAUCUGCAUGGUGUCGAGAGGGCCUCUCAAUCCCAUAGGGAAGGAAGCAGCAGAAGGACUGUGUUCUGCAGCAGAGGAAAUAGUUCAUUCUGGAGAUGAAAAUACACGCUCUUUCAUAGACACAGACCUCAAGCCCAGCACUGUGUAUGAAUAUAGGGUUUCUGCGUGGAACAGCUACGGGCGAGGAUUCAGCCAGUCUGUUAGAGCCAGCACAAGAGAAGAUGUGCCUCAAGGCGUCAUGGCCCCUAGGUGGGCCAGGACAGGCAAUCAUGAAGAUGUCAUUUUCUUGACGUGGAAGGAGCCCGCACAGUCAAAUGGUCCUAUUACUCGCUAUAUUCUCCUCCGAGACGGAAGGGAGCGCUUUCAGGGAGCAGCGCUGAGUUUCACAGAUACGCAGGGAAUUCAGCCACUCCAGGAAUAUUCAUACCAGCUGAAGGCUUGCACAGCCGCUGGCUGUGCCGACAGUUGCAAGGUAGUCGCCACUGCCACCCGAGGAGUCCUGGAGAGUGUCCCACCACCAAACAUCACAGCCCAGAGCCCAGAGACCCUGCACCUCAGCUGGAGUGUCCCUGAGAAAAGGAAUGAUGCCAUUAAAGAGUACCAGCUCUGGCUGGAUGGGAAAGGGCUCAUCUACACUGACACAAAUGACAGGAGGCAGCAUACGGUCACAGGUCUCCAGCCACACACAAACUACAGCUUCACACUCGCGGCUUGUACAUCUGCCGGAUGCACUUCCAGUGAGCCCUCUGUAGGUCAGACUCUGCAGGCUGCCCCUCAAGGAGUUUGGGUGACACCGCGACACAUUAUCAUCAAUUCUACAACCGUGGAAUUAUAUUGGAAUCCUCCAGAAAGGCCCAAUGGUGUCAUUUCUCAGUAUCGGCUGAGACGUAAUGGAAGCUUGCUUCUUGUGGGUGGCACAGAUGAUCAGAGUUUCACUGAUAAAAACCUGGAGCCCAACAGCAGGUACAUUUACACACUAGAAGCAAGAACCGGAGGUGGUAGCAAUUUGAGUGAGGAGUACCUUGUCCAGAUGCCUAUGUGGACCCCAGAAGACGUCCACCCGCCAUGCAACGUCACCGUGCUGGGCUCCGAUUCCAUAUUUGUUGCAUGGCCAGCACCAGGGAUCCUGCUUCCCAAGAUUCCAGUGGAGUACAGCAUCUUACUCAGCGGUGGGAACGUGAUGCUCUUAACUUUCUCGGUUGGACUCCGUCGGUCUGCAUACCUGAAAAACCUGGCCCCAUUCACACAGUAUGAAAUACGGAUACAGGCCUGCCAAGAGGCAGGCUGUGGAGUUAGCCCUGGGACAUAUGUCAGAACGCUUGAAGCAGCACCGGUGGGUCUAAUGCCCCCUCUCCUGAAGGCUCUGGGGUCACACUGCAUAGAGGUGAAGUGGACGCCACCUACGAGACCCAAUGGAAUCAUCACCAGCUAUGUCAUUCACAGGCGUCCUGCUGACACUGAAGAGGAGUCUCUGCUCUUUGUCUGGUCAGAAGGAGCUCUUGAGUUCACUGAUGACACAGACACUCUGCGGCCUUUUACCCUGUAUGAGUACCGAGUGAGAGCCUGGAACUCCAAGGGUGUAGUGGACAGCCCGUGGUCAUCAGUACAGACCUUGGAAGCCCCACCUCAAGACCUCCCAGCACCAUGGGUUCAAGUCACCAGUGCUCAUUCAGUCCUGCUAAACUGGACAGAGCCAGAAGCCCCCAAUGGCCUUAUCUCCCAGUACCAUGUGAUCUACCAAGAGAGACCAGAUGAGGCAGCGCCCGGCAGUUCUACCGUGCAUGCGUUCACAGUGAAGGGAUCAAGCCGUCAAGCCCAUCUCUUUGGCUUGGAACCAUUCACGACGUACCACAUCGGUGUGGCAGCUGUCAACCGUGCAGGGAAAGUGUCAAGCCCCUGGACCCUGAUUAAGACUUUAGAGUCUGCCCCAAGCGGACUGAUGAACUUCACAGCGGAGCAGAGAGAAGGCGGCCGGGCUCUGCUGCUGCAGUGGUCAAAGCCAGUAAGGACCAACGGAGUGAUCAAGGCAUACAACGUCUUCAGCGAUGGGCUCCCGGAGUACUCGGGCCUGGGUCGACAGUUUCUCUUCCGGCGCUUGGCCCCCUUCACUCUCUACAUCUUGACCCUGGAGGCCUGCACAGCAGCGGGCUGUGCUCACUCGGUGCCCCAGCCUCUCUGGACAGAGGAAGCUCCUCCCGAUUCUCAAAUGGCUCCUACCAUCCAGUCUGUGGAGCCCACCAGUGUAAGGCUGCACUGGUCUCAGCCCGCUAACCCCAAUGGGAAGAUAAUUCGUUAUGAAGUGAUCCGCAGAUGCUUGCAGGGAGAGGACUGGGGGAACAGGACAGUGCAGGCAGACGAGAACACUGUCUUCACGGAAUACAACACGGAAGGGAAUGGGUGGGUGUGUACUGACACAGGCCUGCAGCCAUGGAGGCUGUACGCGUACAGAAUCUGCACGUGGAAUUCCGCAGGGCACACCUGUAGCUCUUGGAGUGUGGUAAGAACAUCGCAAGCACCCCCAGACGGCCUCUCUCCACCAGAGGUAUCCUACGUGUCUACGAGUCCCCUCCAACUGCUGAUUUCCUGGUUUGCACCCCGACACGCUAAUGGCGUCAUCCAGUCCUAUAGACUUCAAAGGAACGGAGUGUUCGCUGCUGCCAGUUUCAACGCCAGCACCUUCAGCUACACGGACAGCCAGCUGCUUCCCUUUACAACUUACAGUUACGCUGUCCUUGCCUGCACGGGUGGUGGGUGCUGUACCAGUGAACCCACCAACAUCACUACUCCUGAGGCAUCUCCAGCAGGAGUCAGCCCUCCGGUUCUUUGGGCCAUCGGUGCCCACCAGAUAAAUGUGUCUUGGUCCCCACCAUCAGUCCCAAAUGGAAAGAUUGCUAAAUAUUUGCUUCACUGUGAUGGCGAGGAGCACUUGGCUGGGCAGAACUUGUCCUUGCUGCUCUCCAACCUGCAGCCUUUCACCCAGUACAAUGUCUCCCUGGUAGCCUGCACAAAGGGAGGGUGCACUGCUAGUAGGGUCGCAUCCGCCUGGACAAUGGAGGCCCCACCAGAGGACAUGGACCCGCCCACACUGCACGUCAUGGGCCCAGAAUCAAUAGAAAUUACAUGGGCACCUCCAAGAAACCCACAUGGCCAGAUCAGAAGUUAUGAGCUUCGGAGAGAUGGAGCCAUUGUGUAUAUAGGGCUGGAAACUCGCUACCAUGAUUUUAUCCUUAUUCCAGGUGUCCAAUAUGGCUACUCAGUGACUGCCACCAACAGCCGGGGCAGUGUCUCGAGCCCACUUGUCAAGGGUCAAACCAGCCCCUCAGCUCCCUCAGGUUUACAGCCCCCAAAGCUCCGUCCAGGGGAAGCUCUUGAGCUCUUAGUGAAUUGGGACCCUCCAGUGAGGACAAACGGCAAGAUCACCAACUACACGCUCUUCAUCCGAGAGCUGUUGGAAGGAGAAAUCAGAACUAUGUGUAUUAACACAACACACAGUUCUUUUGGCACACGGUCCCUCGCAGUAAAGCACCUGAAGCCAUUUCACAGGUAUGAAGUGCGUGUCCAAGCCUGCACUGCCCUGGGAUGUACCUCCAGUGAAUGGACAUCUACCCAAACCUCAGAGAUCCCACCUCUGCUGCAGCCAGCCCCACAUCUGGAGGUGCAGACAGCUGCAGGGGGAUUCCAGCCCAUAGUAGCUGUGUGGUGGGCAGGGCCCCUCCAGCCACACGGAAAAAUCAUAUGCUUUGAGUUGUACAGAAGACAGACCGCAUCCUGGCCUGGCACGUCCGGUCCACUGUUAAUCUACAAUGGCAGCUUAAGCUCCUUCACGGAUCGAGAACUACUACCUUUCACGGAGUACGGAUACCAGGUAUGGGCGGUGAAUUCUGCAGGCAAAGUGGCAAGUAACUGGACGUGGUGUAGAACCGGACCUGCCCCGCCGGAAGGUCUCAAGGCGCCCACAUUCCACACUGUCUCCUCCACCCAAGCGGUGGUCAACAUCAGUGCACCGUCGAAACCCAAUGGGAACAUCAGCCUCUUCAGGGUCUUCUCCAACUCCAGCGGGACGCAUGUCAUGCUGUCUGAAGGCAUGGCCACCCAGCAGACCCUUCAUGACCUGAGACCCUUCACCACAUACGCCAUUGGAGUUGAGGCUUGCACUUGUUUCAACUGCUGCAGCCGAGGGCCGACAGCUGAGCUGAGGACCCAUCCUGCCCCACCCUCAGGGCUGUCUCCUCCCCAGGUCCAGACACUGGGCUCAAGGAUGGCCUCCUUCCAGUGGGCUCCCCCUCGGCUCCCCAAUGGUGUCAUUCACAGCUAUGAACUGCAGCUGCACCGGGCUUGCCCUCCGGAUUCAGCCCCACAUUGCCCUCCCAGCCCCACGGAGAGGAAGUACUGGGGCCCUGGGCACAGAGCCAGCCUGGCGGGACUUCAGCCUAAUACGGCCUACGGGGUGCAAGUGGUGGCCCACAAUGAAGCGGGCAGCACGGCUUCCGGGUGGACCAACUUCCGCACCAAGAAGGAAAUGCCUCAGUACCAAGCCCUAUUCUCAGUGGACAGCAACGCAUCCACAGUGUGGGUGGACUGGAGUGGCACCUUUGUCCUGAAUGGCCAGCUAAAGGAGUACGUGGUCACCGACGGAGGACGGAGGGUGUACAACGGCCUAGACACCACCCUCUACAUACCAAGGACAGUGGAUAAAACUUUCUUCUUCCAGGUCACCUGCACGACAGACAUUGGAAGUGUUAAGACUCCAUUGGUCCAGUAUGAUGCCACUACUGGAUUUGGCCUGGUGCUGACAAGCCCUGGAGGAAAGAAGGGAGCAGGCACCAAGAGCACAGAGUUCUACAGUGAGCUGUGGUUCAUUAUGGUAAUGGCCAUGCUGGGCCUGAUCUUGCUGGCCAUUUUCCUGUCCUUAAUUCUACAAAGAAAAAUCCACAAGGAACCAUGUAUCAGAGAGAGACCUCCCUUGGUACCUCUUCAGAAACGAAUGGCUCCACUGAGCGUCUACCCACCAGGGGAAACCCAUGUGGGAUUAACCGACACCAGACUCCCUAGGUCUGGGACGCCUGUGAGUAUUCGGAGCAGCCAAAGCGUGUCAGUACUGCGGAUUCCAAGUCAAAGCCAACUGAGCCACGCCUACUCCCAGACUUCUCUCCACCGCAGCGUCAGCCAGCUCAUGGAUAGUCCAGACAAGAAGGCCUUGACGGAGGACUCACUGUGGGAAACUAUUAUGGGCCACAGCAGUGGACUGUGUGUGGAUGAAGAGGAGCUUAUGAACGCCAUCAAGGGUUUCAGCUCCGUGACCAAGGAGCACACCGCCUUUACUGACACCCACCUGUAAACAACUGAGGUUAGAACAUGGAACCCUGGGGUGCAUGUUCUAUACCCUCCUUUUUUGCCCAGUUAUCAUAUGUGAUAAAAGCUGAGAAACACUGAAACGAAAUGUUUAAUUCUU